CUGCAGGAUAACACGCUCAUACAUGCUUUUUAACCAUGGAAGCCAUCGCCAGGUUCGACUAUGAAACUAAGGCUUCAGAUGAACUCAGCUUUAUAAAGGGAGAGCAGUUGAACGUCGUGCAGACCUCUGGAAACUGGUUCAAAGCCGAACUCAACGGGUUUGUGGGCUCCGUGGCCAAAAACUUCCUCAACAUUCACCUGCCCAGCUGGUACCAGGAGGACUGUAGUCGAGUUGACGCAGAAGAGCAGCUGGUGAAGAAACCUGUCGGGGCCUUCGUGAUCCGGGGGAGCCGAAAGACAGAUCAUGGAGACUUCUCCAUCUCCGUCAGAUUAGAGGCAGCUGUGCAGCACUUUAAGGUGAUGCGGGACAGCAGGGGGCAGUACUACCUCUGGUCUGAGAGAUUCUCCUCCCUCAACCAGCUGGUGGAGUAUUACCAACACACAUCCAUCUCCAAGAAGACCAAGGUGUUCCUGCUGGAGACCGGACCCCAGCAAGGAAGGGGCUCAGAAGAUGUUCGUCCUUCCCAGCGUCCUCUCCCACCUCCUCCCUCCUCCUCUGACUGCCCACCUGCAUCUGCACCAGUGGCACAACAACAGGUCAGAGCUCUGUACAGUUUCGAGGCCGAGGAGUCGGACGAGUUGCAGUUUAACACCGGAGACGUGAUCUCGGUGCUGGAGAGCUCCGACCCGACAUGGUGGAGAGGAGCUCUGAGGGGGAAGAGCGGCCUGUUCCCCUCCAACCACACCACCCCCCUCUGACACACACACACACACACACACACACACACACACACACACACACACACACACACACACACACACACACUAUAUAAGUUCUUUUUUGUGUAGGGAUGAAACUAAAGAUCGUGAUCAAAACGUUUUUGAAAUCUCACACUGUAAAUCAGAAGACGCCACUUUAUGUCACUGAUCAGAUUCAAUAAAAGUAGUUUGUUAUUUAUGAGUGUGUGAUAAAACAAUCCAGAAAUGUUGUAUUGUUGUAAUUUAAGAACCUUUAAAUGUGCUGCUUAUAUCCUGAACGAAUGCAGAUGUACCAAAGAUGGUUGAGAUACUGAAAAGGGAAGAGCAGAAUACAAAAUACACCACAUUUUAAAACUCACGAUAUAGGCGUACAUGUUAAUGCUCUAUAUGUAUUACUCGAUAGUGAGUAAUGAACAUUUACUGUUUAGGAUCCAGUGCAGUCUAGUGUCUGCCCUUCUUACUGCAGAGUUUUAAAAUACUAAAUCGUGUGGUUUGAAAUAUUAUUUAGUUUUACUUUCAGCUGUGUCGUUUUUGUUGCUUUUAAAUUGUCUAUUAUUACUUGAACUUGUUUCAUGGUGUGUGAGUUGUGUUUUGUAUGUUGUGUUUGUUUAU